AAUAGAAAGUGUUAUAGAGAGUGAGGCUCUGGAAACGCCGGGUUCGUUAGAUUGUCUGAAGAAAUGGUUGCAAUAUACUAAGUUAAGAAAAUGAAAGAGAGGUGGAAAAGUUGCCUACAAUAAUGGUUAGUUGGAGGUCAAAGUCUAAACCCCACAAGGCAAUAAAAUUUAGAAAACCAAAACUGCCAACCAACCCCAAAAGCCAAAAGCCAAACCCCUUUGGAAAUUCCUUCCACCACCAAACCAAACUCACUCAUUUUGUUCUUCUUUUCUAAUUCCUUUUUUAUGGCUACAAACUUCAUGGAAUAAGGAAAGGAGAAGCAUAAAACAAACCAAACCAUUUCCCCUCAAAAGCCCUGUCUCCCUUCCAAAACUAAAAUUAAAGCUUCAACCUUUUCACCACAACUAAUUCCAAUUCUUAAAAUUCUCUCAGUGGGUUUUAAUGCACAGGAAAUUAUCGAGAUACUAAAUUUCCCGACAUAUAUAUCAAGGUUGUGGACAGUGCAAUUUGAUGGUUUCGAGUUUUAUGUAUUAUGGUGUCAGUGUUUCUUAAUUGGCAUUUGAUUUGUGGAUGUUGUGAGUUGGGGUCAGUUACGUAGAUGGUGUAGAUAGGAAAAGUAGGCGUUUUGAUAUUGUCAUUGACUUUGAUUUGAUGAAUUAUUUGUUGGUCAGUUGUGUGUGUGAGACUAUGUAAGGGAUGGUAUCAGCUACAAUUAGGCGAAUUGUGUCACCCUGUUGGAGACCAUCUGAUACGGGUGAAAUUUCUGGUAGGCAUGGAGAUUCAAAUGGCCGUGUUGAUGGUUUGUUGUGGUACAAAGAUUCUGGAAGACAUGCGCAUGGUGAAUUCUCGAUGGCAGUUAUUCAAGCAAACAAAUUGUUGGAGGAUCAGAGCCAACUUGAAUCUGGACCCUUGAGUUUAACUGAGGGAACUCCUCUUGGAACUUUUGUUGGUAUCUACGAUGGCCAUGGAGGUCCAGAAGCUUCCCGCUUUGUCAAUGACAGUCUCUUUAAGAAUAUCAGGACAGAAUUUUCUUCUGAAAACGAUGGAAUGUCAGCUGAUGUUGUCCAUAGAGCAUUCUUGGCAACUGAAGAAGAAUUUCUUUCUCUGGUAGAGAAGCAAUGGCUGCAUAAGCCGCCUCUAGCGUCGGUUGGAUCUUGCUGUUUGAUAGGCAUAAUAUGUUGUGGGGAGCUCUAUAUUGGAAAUGCAGGAGAUUCUCGUGCAGUGUUAGGUAGAAUGGAUGAGGCUACUAAAGAGAUUAAAGCUAUUCAACUCUCCGAGGAGCACAAUGCUAGCAUAGUAUCUGUCAGAGAAGAGUUGCGCUCAUUGCAUCCUGAUGAUCCGCAGAUAGUGGUUAUGAAGCACCAGGUCUGGCGCGUGAAGGGUCUCAUUCAGAUUUCAAGAUCCAUUGGUGAUGCGUACCUAAAGAGGGUAGAGUUUAACAGAGCACCAUUAUUGUCAAAAUUUCGACUCCCAGAACCCUUUGAGCAGCCAAUCCUUAAAGCCGAACCAGCAAUACUGGUACAGAAAUUGUGUCCUCAAGAUCAGUUUCUCAUAUUUGCAUCAGAUGGGUUAUGGGAGCAUCUGAGUAGUCAAGAAGCAGUUGACAUUGUCCAAAGUUGUCCACGCAAUGGAGUGGCAAAGAAACUUGUGAAAACAGCACUUUGUGAAGCUGCGAAGAAAAGAGAAACGAGAUACUCAGACUUGAAAAAGAUUGACAGAGGGGUGAGGAGACAUUUCCACGAUGACAUCACGGUUAUAGUUUUGUAUCUUGAUUCAAAUUUUUUGGCCCGUGCCAAUUCUCGUGUACCCUUGGUUUCUAUCAAAGGAGGUGGUGAAAAUGGUUAUGGUAUUGGAAUUAUAGAUGCCUAGUUUUCAGGAGUUUUGGCACCAUUCCUCUCUUAAA